GGGCCAACUACAGUUGCGGACAAGCCAAGUCGACAAAUAGUACAAUGAUUCUGAACUGCAAUGAGCAGAACUGCACGAGCCGAUUCUUCAGAAAAUAAGUUUUAACUUUUGGAAGGUCAAAAAUUUGGCCGACCCCCUAAAAAAAUCCCUAAAAUCAUGAAAAUAUUGUAUUCGAUGCCAUUCGAUGAGUAUAGAAUGUUGACGACAUCAUUUGAGUGAAAUGGUAAUGGAUACACCUAACCUGGCGUGAAGUUCGUACGGGCGCGAUGCACUCCCUUAGUGAUUAGGAUCAAUUUCAAUGGUCAUAUUAUGAGAACGGCAUGCCGGGAAGGUAUUUUCUCUGUCACUAUGGCCCCUAAAUAUCCAAAGAGAAGAGCUCGGAGAGACAUUUCUGGCUUAAAGAAUCAAGGCGGGAAUGUAGCCAGUCUGACAGCUUCAGGGAGCACACUGAAGCAUGCAUCCAAAACUGUAGAGUUUGAAAGCCGUGCUUUAGAUGCGACAAACUCAACAGAUGGCUCAUUGCGCCGCUCUCGCGCACCAAGUCCAAUGGAGGCCGUGCUUGACAGUGAUGAAGGGGACGGCUUGGGUAUGGGGGUCUGUUUUGAUAGUCUCCGGCCUACCUUUGUCCAAGAUGAAGAGGAUGAGGAAUGGGAAGGUGACGUUGAUGAGCUCGGGUGGAAGGACAUUGAGUCUGAAACUCAAUGCAUGCCCGGUGGAAGUCAUACGGCAGUUCAUAAAUCGGUCAUAUCGAUUCAUGAGUGCAUAUCGGAGAGGUCUUACUGGGAUGGCUGCGGCAUGGGCAGUACGAAAGCAAAAGCAACAUCGCCAGGUCUCAAAUACAGCCAUGAUGUCAAUUCUGGCUGUUGUAGGUGAGGACACACCAGUUGUCACUUC